AUGGCGCCUACCAUCACCUCAGCCCUCACCAUCGUUCUCACCACGGUUCCUAUGCUGGGGAAGGACAACUGGGCCAAGUUUGGGAAAGGAUUCAAGGUGUUUUUGCUGGGAGUGGACACACUUUGGGUUAUGGGGAAAGGGCCAAAAGCAGAUGAGUCUGACCAAGUUGCUCUGGACAGAAUGCUCCUCCCCUACCUCUACACCAAGAUAGAGGAGCAGUACCAGCCCCUCCUAGAUGAUUUCGAGUCUGCCACUGCUACCUGGGCUGCCCUCAAGGCCCAUUUUGAGAAAUCGAGCAUGAGCACCAGGAUGGCUGCCAGGGCAGAGCUGCACUCCAUCCCCCUGUUGGUGAUGGGUUUUGGACUUGAUCACUCUCUAGUGAUUGGGUCACAUGAUCACCUGAUUCCAUCUGAUCUUAUCACUGAUCACAUCACUGAUGAUAUCUGA